CGCAGAGCUGGUCCCAGGGAGAGGCACCGAGGGACGCUGCUAGUUCUUCACCGAGGGCUCUUCCUCUAAUCACUAAUAUCACUGGUCAAGAGAGAAGUAAUGAUAAUUGGAAAUGGAAAUAAUCAUCCUUUUAAAAAAAUGAGAAAGUGGGAGUAUACUGCUCAAUAAAUACAUGAACUUGAUGGAUUUAGAGGUUAAAGGAGUUGCCACCUCUCCUAGCAAUCAAAUUCAGUCAUUCUCUGGAAGAAAGAAACCACUGCAGAAAGAAUGGACUUCCAAAUCAUGGACAAUGCAGAAUCCUUGUCUACCUGUGGUCCCACGACUUGAUUUGGGAAGCCUUGUUGGUUCUGAUGAUGAGGUGAUUUUUCAUAUAUUCCACUUAGUACAGCGCAUAUUCAUUUUGACCCACCAAAUUCAUCUCUUGAUUGGGUCACAUCAUGUCAAAUACCAUAUACUCAGCAUCAUCUAAAUUAAAUGGAGGAAGACAUAAUACCUGAAAAUUUGCCAGCAUCAGCAGGCAAAUAUAAACUAAAGUGUCAGCAAUAUAAGACUGAAAUGAAAGAAGGAUAUAAAUGGUAUAGUCAGAGAAAUGCAGAAAAGACAAAAUCAAAUAUCACACAUGAACAGUCUCCAAGAAACAAGAUAGAUGACAUGUAUGCACAAAGAGAAGAAGAAAUCACGGAUGAUCUUACAACUCUGGAUAGAAAAGCCCUCUUACAACAGGGUUAUGCAGACAACCCUUAUAAUGCACUGCAGAAUACAAGAAAAUCUGACUCUGAAAUUGUGGCUGCUGAGAAGAAGAAGCAGACUGUUGCAGAGCAAGUGAUGAUAGACCAAUUAUCUAGGGCUGUAAUCAGUGAUCCAGAACAAAAUGUAACCACGGAGAAACAAGGAAGUGCUCCUAUCCUUCCAGAGUCGAACAUAGCACCUCUUCGAGUUAGGAAACGAACCCUACAUGAAACAAAGAUAAGAACCCAGUCUACAUUAACUGAAAAUAUGCUUUCUCAUAAAGUACAAUUCGACAGCAGGAUCAUAUCAAGAAAUGGACGUGAUGCUUGCAGAGAGCUGAUUGGGUUCUUUUUCACUCAUGAUCAGUCCCUUACAAUUUACGAGUAUCGGCAAUUUGGGAAAAAUAGACCAAAUGUGCUUCCUUUUAUUCAAAAAAAUAUAUAUAGUCAUCAGCGUGGACGAAGAAAAGGAAAACAAUACCAACUUGGUGAUUUUUAUAUUGGGGCAAACUUGACAUUUUUGAGUUCUGAUCAUCCCAGACUCUCAGAAAACAUAAAAGAAAAUACAUUACUUAUACUUCGCAUCACAAAUAUUGAUCAGAUAGCUUUGGAUUCUCUCAGAACUGAUUCUCUGGAACAUGAGGAUGAUAUAAACAGUCAGGAAGCCAAUGAUAGGCUGGCCUUCAAGGCCAUUCAAGAUAAGCUAAAAGAACAGCUACAUAAAAGAGGUGUCCGUAUUUUGACUGGAUUGGCAAAAUACUUUCAACAAUUAGACAAGGAAGGAAACGGACUUUUAGAUAAAGCUGAUUUUGAGCAUGCUUUACAACUAUUUCACUUAGAAGUGUCUGAAAAGGAUUUUGAGUCUUCAUGGCUAAUUCUGAAUGACAAUGGCAAUGGCAAGGUUGAUUAUGGAGAAUUCAAACGUGCCAUUUUUGGUGAAAUGAAUGAAUACAGGAAAUCAUUUGUGCGAAAGGCUUUUAUGAAACUGGAUUUCAACAAAACCGGCAGCGUGCCUAUUAUAGACAUAAGAAAAUGUUAUUGUGCAAAGAAGCAUCCUCAAGUAAUUUCAGGCCAUACCACAGAGGAAGAAAUCAAAUCGUCUUUUCUAGAAACAUUAAAAGGUGACUGCAGCAAGUCUGAUGGAGUGUCAUAUGGUGAAUUCGAAGAUUACUAUGAAGGUCUAAGUAUAGAAAUAGUAGAAGAUGAAGAUUUUGUUAAUAUCUUACGUACUCCAUGGGGGAUUUAGUUUUUUUAAAUGAGUAUGUCAUUAGCACUAAACAUUUUAAAGGAGAGAUGAAUUCAAUGUAAAGUACGAUCAACGAUCAAACACUAGAAUAUAUUUUUUAGGGCCUUCUUUAUUUUUUAUUUAUUUAUUUAUUUUCUCAAAAGAUUGUAUUUAGAAAGAGAAAUAUCUGGAAAGAUAGAUGAACAUAUGUGUAUGUUCAGGCACAGGUAUGAGUGCUCACCUGUCUAUAAGUUUGACAAGACCUGUCUUUUUGAUGUAGUACUUAUCUUGAAUGUAUUUCAGAGGUUUUCUUUUUUUUUAUUAGCCUUCAUAGGAAAGUAAUAUCUGUAUCAAACUAUAUGAGAUCAUCUAUAUAAUAACCAUUGUCCACUGUUUAUUUCUUUAUCUAUUUUUCAAAAUAAAAUAGCCACCAUUCUUGAUUUGAUGAAUUGGAAUUGGGCCCAAAGCUUAUGAGAUUGAAAUAGUUUGAUUUGUUUCAAAGAUAUGCAAAUGUUAAAGGAAUAAAAGGUUAUACAAGAGAAAUUUUCCAUGCAGUAUGAUUAUAGAUGUUUUCUGUAACAAAUGUUUUGAACAAUGGGGGCUUACCCCUAAAAUCCUUGCUUAAAUAUUGAUGUCUUGUGAAUUCUUUUCUUCUGCAUUAUGUGCUGCUGUUUGUUCAGUAGAGCACAAUGCAGGUAUUCUAGUGACCAGUUCUAUAUGUUCUUUUGUUAUAUUUUUAACUGCAAUCUUUAUAACUUGCGCAGAAUUAUUACUUAGCUAAAAACAAUACAAAAUGGGAGGGGGAAUGUUUUCUUAGAUUUUUAAAUAAAGAUCUCUAAAAGUGCAUUAUCACAUAUAUGGAAAAGUGGAUAAUUUAGUAAUUCUUAACCAAAAUGUAAAAAAAUAUUUUGUAUUCUAAGAUGAAUGUAAGUUAUUCUAAACAUCUUUUUAUUGGGGGCGGUUAUACUAAACAACU